CUCUCACCCUCUCCACCGGUGUGUCUGCUGGGCUGACUUGUGUUGAGUGUUGUCUGAGUAUUUCAAUUCCAUCAGUUCCCUUACUGGAUAAAACGCAUGCAGAACGCACACGGUGGAGGGUUAGAGAGGUGUAUUGUAGUUGAAGGAAGAAGCCCCCUGAUCUCCAACGAUUCCGUCUCCAUGCACGUCCUCUGGUCCACCUUAAAACCCCCCACACACUGAUCCACUCUGGGAUCUGGGUUUGGUGUGCACAUCAUCACUGAUGGGAUCAUCGGUAAACAUCUGGGCUACAAAAGGCUCCGCGCUCUACAGCGGAGCCACAGCUGUGCGGAGGAGCCGACCCGACCGGACGAGACGAGACCCCAGUUCCCCCUUCAAACUCCUCUCCGACCCUAGCCCCCCACCUACGGCCAGAAGCAGUCCUCUACCAUGUCUCCCAGCCUCCUCCUCUGGACGCUACCACUGCUGGUCUCGCUGGUGGCGGCCCAGCAUGACCCCCAUGACCCCGAAGCCUACGACAUGUCCUGGGUCAACCAAUACCGCCAGGGAUUCAACUUCCAGUGCCCCCACGGUGAGGCACUGGUGGCGGUGCGGAGCUUCUUCAGCGAGGUGCAGGGCUCCGACCGCCUGUGGACCUUUGAGUGCCAGCCCACGCCCGAGGGACUUGGGGAGCCCACGGACUGCUGGUGGGACGACAUCAACCGGGCCGGCCUGGAGUGGACUUCAACGUGUACCCAGAACGGGAUCGCAGCGGGGAUCCAGAGCAAGUACUUUGAGGCGGUGCUGGACCGGGAGUGGCAGUUCUAUUGCUGCCGCUACAAGCGCCGCUGUCCCUACUCCUGCAUGAAGACCAACGAUGUACCAGCUCGGUACCGGGAAGAGGGCGAGAUGAUCGUGCCAGCCUACGGGUAUUUCAUCCGCGGGGCUCAGACAACCUUCAGUGGAGUGCUCAGGGAUCGGCAGUGGAAAUACAUCCUGUGCAGAAUGACCGACCAAGACUGUGCUUUUGAGAAUAUAUAGAUGAUGGACAUCUCACUGUUAUUUGUUACAUGAACAAGCAUAACUAUUAUACAAACACAUAUUCUUUCUCAUUGAGCGCUUUAAGGAAAAAAGCAUGAUGAAAUCCUUAUCAUUCAGGGCUUCUCUAUGCUUUUGUUUCACUCUUCAUCCGGCAACGAAAUCCUCCAACAACAUUUGAAUGAGCCCUUAUCCUGACUCUUUGUUGAGAUCUGAUCCGACAAGCAGGGAGUAGGUUGCUAUGUUAUUUUUCAAACAUAAACACUUCAUCCUACUCCUUAUGUCUUUAAUGUUUUUCUUUUUUAGUAUGUAUCAUAUAUCCUGACAAGUAAAGUUGAUUGCGUGAGCUUCAUACUACAGUAACUGUCUAAUAUUAACUUUGUACGACCACAAUUCGUUAUUAACACUGGAUCUAUGGAUGAAGAUCAAAUUAUUGAAACGGAUAUUCAGUUAAUCUAUAUUACUUUUAUACACAUCACUACACACAUUUUGUCAAAAAGAGAUUUUUUUGGUUUGUGCCCGUAUGGCUUGCUGGUUGUUGUUAAACAUCAAUGCUAACUGAGCAAAAUAAAUAAAUAAAUGUAGUUCCAGUAA